CUUCAUACAACGCGAGGGAAAAAUCAUCGACCACACUCAGUGUCGCAACCUCCAAACACGUAGGACGACUUUUAAGUGGCCACGGACUGUGUGUGUAUAUAUACGUGUACAUAUACCUAUAUAUGUGCGAUAAGAGUUUCGUAAAUUUGGAUGAGCGAUAAAGACGUAUCCCGCGUCCGCGAUAACGAGAGAGUUUACAACGCGACCGAUUGACCGAGAACCCGGGAUUGAAACUCGAUCUCUUACGAAAUCGACGCGGAAGAAGGCAGCGGCUACCAGCUGUGAGGUUCCGGGAGCGGCGUUUCGACGCUCGAGUAGAAUGAGAUCGUCGCCGAGUGAGUCGCCGAUCCGAAGGAAAAAAAUUGCACGAGGGCUCGAUCGAGCAAUCGACUGACGUGGUAGAUCGAGAGUGGACGAGAUCCGGCCACAUCGGCGGAUUAGCGAUCAGUUCGCGUGAACGGCCUGUGGAGGUCGCGAAUUUUUUCCCCCGUGUCGUAUUGAAACGAUAAUAAUCGGUGAUAGGAAUUUUGACAAGAUGGUCCUGUUUACGAUAAUCGCGAGGGUAACGGACGGCCUGCCGUUAGCAGCCACCAUGCAGGAUAAUGAACAGGAUGGUAAAAAUAUUGUGGAAUAUCAGAAUCAAGCAAAGAUGUUGUUUAGAAAAUUAGGUCCACAGUCUCCAGCAAGAUGUACUCUAGAAACUGGACCAUAUCUUUUUCACUAUUUAAUUGAAAACGAAGUGUGUUAUCUGGUAUUAUGCGAAAGAAAUUAUAGUACACGUAUAGCAUACAAUUACUUGGAAGAUAUUGCACAAGAAUUUCAUGCUCAGUAUGGCAAACGUGUAAAUACAGUAACCAGACCUUAUACUUUCAUUGAAUUUGAUACAUAUAUCCAGAAAGCUAAAAAGAUUUUCUCAGACAGUAGAUCACGUAGGAAUUUGAACACUCUUAAUAGCCAAUUGCAAGAUGUCCAAAGAAUCAUGGUACAAAAUAUUGAUGAUGUUCUACAAAGAGGUACCGUACUGUCAGAGUUGGAUACAAAGACGCAAAAUCUAUCCAUGCUAUCACAAAAGUAUAAAAAAGAUGCGAGACAUUUAAAUAGCAAGUCAAUGUAUGUAAAAGCUGUUGCUGGCCUUAUUGCAUUUUUGGUCUUCCUGUUGUAUUUUUUUAUACUUUAGUUAAACAAUACAAGCAAAAGGAUUUAUUUAAGAAUA